AUGCUGCCCGCCUGCCUUGCUCGGGCGGAGCAGCGCGGCGAGCGGCUGCGGGCCUCCCUGGGAAGGGGGUUGCUCUCUCAUCCCGGCUGGGCGCUGCCGGGGCCGGGGCUCUGCCUGAGGUGGCGGCACCAGCCCCCCCGCAGGGAGCCCCCCUCGCUGCUCCGGGCCGCCCGGCAGAGUAUCGGGACGCAAGCGGGUGGGCUGGGGGCUGAGAAAAGUGACGGUAAUAGCAAACAUGUGGCCGUGCAAAGCGAUCGGAAAGAGGAAACUUUGCUGUCGGCUGCUCAGAAAGUGAAAGAAGCUGGAAGAGACAUUACCUAUUUUAUUGUCGUGCUUGUUGGAAUUGGUGUUACAGGUGGUUUGUUCUAUGUGAUUUUUAAAGAGCUGUUCUCUUCUUCUAGUCCAAGUAAGAUCUAUGGAGAUGCCUUGGAGAAAUGCAGAUCUCACCCUGAGAUAAUUGGUGUUUUUGGUGAAUCUAUUAAAGGUUAUGGGGAGGCAACGAGAAGAGGAAGACGGCAGUUUGUCAGUCACAUUGAAUACAUAAAGGACGGACUGAAACAUAUGCGCUUGAAGUUCUAUAUCGAGGGCUCUGAAUCAGGGAAGCGGGGAACAGUCCAUGUGGAAGUCAAAGAGAACCCCGAGAAAGGAAGAUUUGAGGUGUGCUACAUAUUUGUGGACGUUGACACCUAUCCUAGAAGAACCAUUGUCAUAGAAGACAACAGACAGCCAAUGGUCGAAGUUGCUGCCUCAUCUCAUUGA